AAAGGGACUGAUACUUUUACCUGGGGAGGAGGGAAGGAGCAUUUGCUGUGAUGUCUGAGUAAGAUUCUUAAACCUCAAAUAUUUCUGGUUGUUUUUUUCCUGAUUUCAAGUCCUGAGCCCAAGCCUCAAUAACAAGCCAAUCUGUUCAUCCCUCCAGCCACUAUGUGGAAUAUGGGACAGGAGCCCAUAGCCCCAUCAGAGGUCAUGAUACAGGAUGACCAGCACCACCAGGCUGGAGACACGGGGAUGUGGCAAGAGGACAAUUGCUCUUUCUUCAACAUGACAGGCAGUGACUUUUACCCAGAUAAUAGCAGUCAAUCCAAUUGCACAUUCCCAGAACAGUCUCUAGAUUUCUAUAUCCUCCUCCCAGUGAUGUACUCUGUUAUUUGUGCUGUGGGAUUAACUGGCAACACUGCGGUCAUCUAUGUGAUCCUCAAGGCACCAAAAAUGAAGACAGUAACUAACAUGUUCAUCCUGAAUCUGGCCAUUGCUGAUGACCUCUUCACACUAGUGCUGCCCAUCAAUAUUGCGGAACAUCUCUUACGUUACUGGCCCUUUGGUGAGCUCCUCUGUAAGGUCAUCCUAGCCAUUGACCACUACAACAUUUUCUCCAGCAUCUACUUCCUGACUGUGAUGAGUGUAGACAGGUACCUGGUCGUAUUGGCCACUGUCCAAUCCCGACGUCUGUCCUAUCGAACCUACCGUGCUGCAAGAACCACCAGCAUCUGCAUCUGGCUCUGGGUAACCCUCAUUGUCCUGCCCUUCUUCAUCUUUGCCAGUGUCUAUACCAAUGAACUGCAGAUCAAGAGCUGUGGACUAAGCUUCCCUCAGCCAGAGAGGUUCUGGUUCAAGGCCAGUCGCAUCUAUACCCUGGUCCUGGGCUUUGCUAUUCCUGUUUCCACCAUCUGUAUCCUUUACAUUGGGAUGCUUCACAAGCUGAGGGCCAUGAGCUUAAACUCCAAUGCCAGGGUCUUGAACAAGGCCAAAAGGAAAGUGACCAUCAUGGUCAUCAUUGUCCUAGCUGUGUGCCUCCUGUGCUGGAUGCCUUUCCAUCUGGCAACCAUUGUGGCACUAACUACAGACCUACCCCAGACCUCCUUGGUCAUUGGUAUUUCCUAUUUCAUUACCAGCCUGAGCUACACCAAUUCCUGUCUGAACCCCUUCCUCUAUGCCUUCCUGGAUGACAACUUCCGAAAGAGUUUCCGAAAGAUGCUGGAAUGCAGAACAACCUGAGCAAGUGGACCCAGCUCCCCCACCAUCCCCAGUCUCACUCUCUGUGAGCCUUCUCAAGGGUCUAGACACAGCCAGGUUUGGGGCAGUCCCCCACUCUCUAUCUCUUGUCUUUUUUGGUAUCCCCAGUACUUAGCACAAUGCCUGGCAUAUA